GUCGCUUAUUUCUUUUAUGCCUUGUUCUUAUUCUUCCCGUUUUGUAUUUAUUUGUAAACAAAUAAAAAAUAAAUAAAUUAAACAAUAAGGUGUUAAAAUAAAUAAAUUAAAGAAAUAAAAGUAUUGCAGGAAUGCCCUCGAAAAGAAUGUGCUGCAUACCGAAUUGUGAGAAUGGUCAAAAAUUCCAUUACAGCACAACAUCAUUGCACAUUCUAAAAGAUGCAUGGAAGACACGGCUGCGUAAUAAAUACAGUCUACCCGAUCAGAAACGUAUGUUCAUUUGUGGCAAUCACUUUGCCCCCCAUAUGUUUAUUAAAGGCGGUCGUAAGUUACGGGAACAUGCCUAUCCAACGUUGUUGAUGCCAGAAGAGACAAAUAAAAAUAUGGAAUUUCUGGAGGAGGUUGUUAUAUUGGCGGAUGAUAUCGAUAUGGAGGAUGCCAUAGAGGAAGUUGAUUUCAUCGAUGAAGAGUCCCAAGAUACCAGCACAUCUGGUAUUGAUGUUCAAGUGGAAAAAGAUGAUGACACGAGAAAUGAGGAAGACCGAGAAGAGACUUCGGGGAAGGAGGUGUCAGCUGAAGGCAGCGAUAAAAGUUUUGAAAUGGAGAAUGUUAUGGUAUUUUCAGGAAAUGAACUUGAAAUGGAGCAUACAAUCAUCAUGGUAGAAAGUAUAGACCAAGAUAGCGACAGUGAUGCCAAUACCAGUUGUGGAACACUAGAAAAUAAAAUUCCUCCAAAGAAAUUUAAGAAGAAUACAUCCAACGGAAAUGUUGUUCUGACAUUUUCUCAAAAUGCUGAGGAGGAAGUUUCCCCUAAUGAUAAAGGGGACAGCAAAGAUGUAUCAAAACAUAAUAUAAGCUCUAGUAAUAAUUUCCAUAUUAAAAAUAAGGACAAAUAUUCUACAAAUAAUAAAAUAGUGGGGGUACGGCCGAAAUCUCCGCCACCAGAUUGUGAGAAAAUCGACAGCCAGGAAGUUUUCAUUUAUCCAGAUCCCAUUGUCGUCGAGGAUGCCAUAGCUGAAGUGGAUAAUGUAGAAGAACAUAAUGCCCCUUGCCCGAAAGAUGAAAUAGUGGCGAAUAUAAAACCUUCAUUAAAUAAAAACCAUACAUUUGAAUUGAAAUUCAAGAGACUGGAAAAUAAAACCCCUGCAAAGAAAUUCAAGAAAAACACAUCCAACGGGAAUGUUGUGGUAUUUCCUAAAAAUGGAGAUGAGGAAGCUGUAAUUGAAACGGAAAAUAGUAUUAAAGUAUCAAAAGAGACUUUGGGCUCUAGUAACAAUUUAAAUGAUAAAUGUAACAACAAUCCCACUCCAAAGAAUCCCAUAGUACAGCAGAAAUCACCAACAUCUAACUGUGGGAAAAUCGAAAACCACGAAGUGGUUUUAUAUGAAGAUGACAUCGAGGAUGCAUUGGCUAAAAUGGAUGCCAUGGAAGAAAGUAAGUCUCCUGUCCCUCAAGAAGAAACAGUGGCGAAUGCAAAACCUCAAUUAAAUAACAACAGUAUCUUUGCCUUAAAAUUCAAACGUUUGGAAGAAGAGAAUCGUGAUAUGCGUAAAAUCAUUUUACAACUGGAAACAAAAGUAAAAUCUCUUGAAGCAAAAAUGAAUUUGCUGGAGAAGAAGGGUACCACAUGCCCGAGAGAGUGUGGAAAAUGUGGAGCAUCCACUUUGCAAAAGGGAUCACCGAAACACAAGGAAAAAAGUUAACACUUGCCACUCUUAAUUCAUAGAAUAAAAACUCUCUGAGAUUGGGUUGAAACGGAUAACUUGAAACUCCAGACUAUUCCUUCUGCGGAUCUCAUUCUGAUGAAUUUUAAUGUUUAACUAAAUAGUUAUUUAUCCUUAAAUGUUUUCAUUGUCUUUAAUAUUCUAAAGCGAGCACAAGAGUCAAAUUUAGU